AUGUUUGCUGGGAACACGUCCCACACUCCCACGGUAGCCUCCGAAAUGCCGUUGCGUGUCCACACCAGUGAGCACCUCCUGGACAGCGCACUCACACCGCUUGUGUUGGCUGAGAUGCACCGCACCAACCAGCGUCUAACAACACUGUGUGUGACCACGCAGUUCCACGUCAUCGGCGAAUGCGCACGCACCAUGCUGUGUGGUUGUGUCGGUAUUGUCACCAUGUUGUGGAGUUACGCGAAACGACUGAGGCAGCAGGAUGCAUGUGCGGUUGGCAAUUAG